UUCGGGAGAGGGGCGAACCAGUGUUUACUUCCGGAUUUCCUGUAUGUGCCAGAGCUUGAUCACAGCAGCGGUAGCGUUAGCAGCUGAACAACCUCUCCAAGGGUUCAUGACCGAUAGCUCAGUUGUGCUAGCAGUUGACUGGGUGCCUUUUGAUUCCAUUUUUGAACAACCGCUUGCCUGGACAAAUCAGAGCGUCCAGGCUUCGCAGUCUAGGCUAUCGGGUUAGACACAACCUUUAUUUCAGAGAUUUUCAAAAACGUUUAACAUCAUCAGAGCUUGAAGGCGACCAAAACCUAUCCGAACGGAGGAGGAUUAAAAGCGGGAGUUGGGGGUACCCGAAUAAAUAGAAGGGGACGCCUCCAGCUUUCGUUGGAUUCAUCCUCUCGACCAUUAUGGAUUGGUUAAUGGGGAAGUCCAAAGGAAAGCCCAAUGGAAAGAAGCCGCCCACCGAGGAGAAGAAGCAGUACCUGGAGGUGGAGUACACCAAAGUACGGGUCGUCGACUUCGACCUCAAGGAGCUGGUCGUGUUGCCGAGGGAGAUCGAUCUCAAUGAGUGGCUAGCCAGCAACACCACAACUUUCUUCAAUCUCAUUAACCUCCAGUACAGCACAAUCUCAGAGUUCUGCACUGGGGACACCUGUCAAGCCAUGACGGCCUGCAAUACGGUAUACUACUGGUAUGAUGAGAAGGGGAAGAAGACCAAAUGCACAGCGCCGCAGUAUGUAGACUUUGUCAUGAGCCUAGUACAAAAACUGGUCACAGAUGAAGACAUCUUCCCAACAAAAUAUGGUAAAGAGUUCCCCAAUGCCUUUGAGACGCUGAUCAAGAAGAUCUGCCGGUAUCUCUUCCACGUGAUUGCUCACAUCUACUGGUCCCACUACAGGGAGACGGUGGCCAUGGACCUGCACGGACACUUGAACACUCUUUACACACAUUUCAUCGUAUUUAUAAGGGAAUUCAACCUGGUGGACCCCAAGGAGACCUCCAUCAUGGACGACUUGUCCGAGGUGCUCUGCACGCCGCUCCCCCCCCCUGCACAGAACCACGUCACCGAGAGAUGAACCGGGCCCUCCGGCACACACGCCUGCCGAGCCGCAGGAGGAGGAGGACCCCCCCCCACCCACCCACCCCCCCCGGAGGAGAGGAAGGCGGAGAGCGCAGCCCUGGCCCCCGAGACUUCGCUCGUUCGCGGGCCGGGAGGGGAGGGGGACUCACGAGACCUUCCACGCUCCGACUCAUAUUUGCUAUCUUUAGGGCCCUGCCAGCAGACGGGACUGGCCGGGGCAGCAGGGAAACGCUGUGAGCUUUUUCCACCCACUUUACCAGCCCUGACCACCUGACCACCUGGCCGCCCACACACACACACACACACCGCCCCACCACAGAGGCCCCUCCCACCUACUGACCCACCCAGCCAGGUCAACACCACACACCAUCCUAGACUCUCUCUCCCACCCUUUUAUUUAUUCAUGUUUGUGUAUCUUUGUCCCCCCCCCUCCUCUCUCUCUCUCUCUCUCUCUCUCUCUCUCUCUCCCUCUCUCUCUCUCCUCUACUCUGUCUGAUCUUUUCUUUCCUCUCUUUCCCUGUCUGAGGGCGUCUGUUCUACGUUUCUACCCUCCUGUUAGGGGGUGGUGGCACUGCCUCUUCUGUUGUACUGUCGUGUAAUGUUAGAUUGCGAGACCUGACAGUGUGGUGUUUUGGUUCUGCCAUGGCGGCGUUAUAUAUCUCCUGCACGGGUGCCAGGAUGCGGGGGGGGGGGGGGGGGUGAGGGUGGCGCGAUGCCAACCGCACCCAUCUCUACUGACGCUCCUGACUGGAGCAACGAUUCUUUCACUCUCUCUCCCCCAUCCCCAUGUUUUGAUUUUCAUUUAGGUUUUUUUUGGGACAAUGGGAGUGUGUGUGUGCGUGCGUGUGUGUGUGUGAGUGCGCGUGUGUGUGCUAGAGACUUCCUUUCCUCUUUAAGGCAUGUGGGCAUCUCUGGGUCCCAUCAGGCCCUUGUCACUCUUACGCCCGUGCCGGCGACCAAUGUCCACCACACCCCACCCUCCAGUGCGCCCCCUCCCCAUCUGGACAGCCCUCUGCCCAGCCUACGCUGGACCUCUGGGGGAAGGAUGGAGCGCUGCGCUGCGCUGUGCUCCGAGGCUGUGGGACUUUGACCAGUGUUUGUCUGUAGGGCUGUCUCACCCAAGAUGGCACGCGAGGGUGUCCCUAAACCCCACUGGAGUGUCAAGGCACAAUGACAAUGGCAUCGGUAUAUGUCUGCAGAUUAGAAUGUUAAAAGAGAGAGGAGCCCUGGUCACAGUGGGGGUCCAAGGGAGUCGGUCAAGCCCGGAAGCCCUUCCUCUGAUGCAAUAUCCUGUCUGGGGGGACACUGGGGAUGGUGGCGCAUUGUGAAUGCAGGAGAAUGCAAACAUUCUCUCAUGAUUGGAGCUGAAACAUGGUUUUAUGUCUCGAUCAUGAAAAAAAAAAACAAAUGUUAAAUUUAAACUAAUAGAUAGAUCUAAAUCAUGUCUUCACAGAACUAAUUGUAUGGAAGUGUAAUAUCCCCAAAACAGAGAGGAUUGAGGUUCACCCUGCAUCACUGUACAAAGUGUCACAAACUGGAUUCUGGUUGGCAAGUUGGUUUGUGUUAUAAAGAUAAGCACCCUUUCCCCCAGUUUUAUUUAUUUUAAAAGUGUUUUAGUUUGACAUUUGCAGGGUUCUUCAGUUCUGGCUUUCAUUUUUAUGUAUUUUAAUAAUGCCUAAGUUAAAAGCAAUUUAAUAUUUUAAGCUCUGCGAAUUAUAACCUAAUAAAAUAUUUAAAAAUGUU